AUGUUCAAUGAUAUUAAAGUGCCUAGAUCCCCCCAAAAGCCAAUGUCAAAUCAAAAUUUUCAAACUCAUACCGAGACUAGCUUUGUUGAUAUAAAUUCCAAUAAUUCCUAUUUGAUUCCUGAGGCUACUCUGGAUAAGGACGAUCUACAAAACUCCAAACAACAAACUUCCAAUGCUGUGCUAGAUCUCAUGGAGUCAAGGACUUUGUUAGAAGAGAUGAAUGAUCAAGAUUCCUCUACCUUGAUAAAGAACAGUACAACUAGUGAAACUGUUCUUGACGUCAACGAGCUGAAUGACUCCACUGGAAAACCUUCUAAUGCUCUGCCAGAUACUGUGAAAUUGAUGUCUUUGGAUCAAGUAGAUGUUGAAACUCAAGAACACCACACUUUAGCCACCACUAAUACAACCCGCAAAGCCACCUUAGAUGAGGAUAACAUGAACAAUUGA